CGCCGCCUUCCUUCCUCUUCCCCUUUGUUCAAAUUUCACUGGCGACGAAGGAGGGAUGGAGCUGCCUCCGUCGCCACUCACUCCCUCACUGCAACAAACACGCAAACACAGAUCUCACUCGCCGAUGGAUCUCGGGAGCAGGAAGUGCCUUGCUAUUUCAUAUUCGGAGACUCUAUGUUCGACGCUGGCAACAACAACAAGAUGAAAGCCAAUUACCAUCCUUCCGGCAUCGAUUUCCAUUCUGGCGUCGAAAUAGGGAGGUACUCCAAUGGGCGAUUGACGACCGAUAUAAUUGGUGAACUGCUGGGAUUUAAGAGCUCCAUCUCGCCAUCUGCAUCGGCGCCGAACGACUCUGAGAUAAUGUCCACCAUGAAGCUGAUCCAAGAGGAGAAAGAAUUAACGAUUGGAACGGAGAAAGAAAGCUUGGACGGGCAGAAGAAUAGAGAGAGAGUGAGUGAGUGAGAUAUGUGUUUGGGUGUUUGUUGCAGCGAGGGAGUGAGUGGCGAUGGAGGCGACUCCAUCCCUCCUUUGUCGCUGGUGAAAUUUCGAACAAAGGGGAAGAAGAAGGAAGGAGGCGCAGGCGAAGAAGAGAGAAGUGGACUUCUGGUUUAGGUUUUAGGGAUUUAAUUUGUGUGGGUUGGUCAGUUCAAAGGUCGGGUCUGGUUUGAUUAGAGGUUGGGUUGGUUCAGAUGACAUGGCAGUUUUUAGUGAUGUGGCAAGUCGGGUCUCACUAUUUUCGGUUCAAAUAGGGUUGAUUAGACGAUUUUGUCCGCCACGUCAUCACUUAACGGACUUUGUUAAUGGAGAUUGACGGCGACUAACAGAGAGUGACCAAUGUGAACGGUUUCGCUAAACUAAAGGAUCACCAAUGGA